AUGCCUGUCACAAAUCAUCCAAGAAGGAGUCCCCGAGCUGGAAAGAGAAGGUAUAAUGCCUCAUGUGAGGCAUGCAGGAAGAGGAAGAGGAGUGACGCUUCGAGGGGCGAGAGUACCGUCUCUACAACGGAGUUUAUAAAGCAGCACGACGGUGAAGAGCUUGAGUCAUCAAUAAUAUUCACGAAGAGGCCGCCGAAGAAGGGAAAGACAGCGAGUACCAAGAAAAUGUCGGAGGAAAUGGCUGUGGCGUCGGAACCUGAGACAGCUGCGGCGUCGGAGGAGACAGCUGUGGUGUCUGAGCAUGUCGAAGACCCGGUGGAUAUCUUGAACGUAAUUGCGAUGCUCCAGCAAGCUGCCGCUCGGGACUCCUCGAUGAAGGAAGCUGUUGUCCUCUCAACUUUGACGAUGGUGAUGCGUGCGAUAGAGCAGAAGGUUCCCGGCAUGCUGACUGUGGCGAUGCGGAUGUUGGAGGCUGCAGCAAGAUAUUCCUCUUCCACCCUUCCAACCCCUCCUAUGCACGUCACUCCCGGAUCCAAUACACCGCAUCUGGUCACGACACCCACUAGCGAAGAAACAGUGUUAGCAAACAAAGAUGCCUGCUCCUACGGGGUUGUUCCAACCGUCAUUCAUGCCAACCAGCGCCAACCCACGGUCGAACAAGAAGUCCAAGAAAUUUCGAUUCCCGACAUUUGGAAUUUAUGGGAAGAGUGGCCGUCGUCUCCGUCCAAGUCUAUGGAUCAACAUGAAGCAGGAUAUGGAGGUGGUGUUGGUGGUGUUGGAUACGGUAGAGCUCUAUGGCAUAAUAUUACAAGCGCGAACUGGAGAGCACGUCUAGUCAACGUGAAGGACUACGGAAAUGCCCGUUAUCGAGCUCCUAGUGCUAUAGUAAUGCGUGAUUAUAACCACGCAAACAGAGGUGAGGAGAUAGACGAGAAAGGAGACGGAGAGGAAGGAGAGGAGAGGAACGGAAAGCAGAGUGUAAUGAAUAGGACGAAAUGGGAGGAGAUGUAUGAAGUAAGACGACCAAAAAAGGGGAGAUCAGAAACGAACGAGAGGAAGGGAAAACGGAGUGAGAUGAAGAGAAAUCAAGACAGAGAUAGAACGAGCGUGCGAUUGAGUGUGACUGAGACUCGAGUAUAUGCCAGAAACUUCUACCACAAAGGUCAAGAGAAAGCCAAGAAGAAUAUUUCGGACACUCUCACCAUCAACCUAAACCAAGAAACUAGCCCAAUCGACCCAAAGUAG